AUGCCCAUGACUUGGAACGAAACAAAUGAUGCGAAACUUUUAGUCGGCAUCUUAACCACCACGAACGUGAAAAUUGAUAUGCACGCCUUGGCCAACUUCAUGGGUCCCGGCUGCACCGUCUCCGCCGUCCAACACCGCAUCCAGCGUCUCAAGGACAAAGUUUCUACCUCUACUCCCGGCGGUACCGCUUCGUCCCCCGUCACUACUGCUACUACAAGUACUACCAUGACUUCCCCGGGAAACGAGACACCCACUACUCCCACCCCCGCUACUCCCGAGAAGAGAAAGCGUGGUCGACCCCGCAAGAACCCCGUUGUUGGGGGUGGUGAAGCUAGUACUUCUACUACUGUCUCGUCUGCUAAGAAGCCAAAGGCUAAGCGGGCUAAGAAGGCUGAUGGUACUGCUACUGCUACUGCUACUGCUGCGGUUGUUAAGAAUGAGGAGGUUAGCGAUGAGGAGGAGGAGGUGCUUCCCGAGACUCCUGGGGCUGAGGAGGGCGGUGUUGGUGAGGGAGAUGGAGCUGGUGGUGAGGAGGUGCAGGAGAGUCCGGUUGUUAAGGGUGAGGAGGAGGAUGAUGCUUGA